GCUCAACUUCAGUUGGCAUGCACGAAGUAUGAAAGUAGGAAAGAGCUGCUGCAUCGAUCAAAGUGUGAAGACAAAUUAAAAUUAGUCUUCAAGUGGGAGAUUUGUUAGGUGUGGAAUUGGCCAAACAAGUCAAUUCUUUUGUUCACAUAGUCGUGAUGUAAGCGCUUACCUCAUAAUAGUUGUGAUGUAAGCGCUUACCUCAUCAUAGGAAAUUCAUUCCUAUAAAUAGGUAGCUUAUGGUUCAUUUGUAAGAUAUCAUUAAGAUCAUUUGCUAUACACAUCCCAAGAGAGAAAAAAUCUAAGAGAAAUACUCUUAGUGAAAGGCCUAAGUAAGAGAAGGCCUUUGAGAGAAUUUUCUGUGGUAAAAUUCUUGAGUGUAAUUGGGAUUGGGGUUGUGAGGUUGAGUGUUGUAAACACUUGUAAUAUUUCUUCUUUAAUAAGAUCUGCAGCAGCAACGUGGACGUAGCUCUCACAUUGAGGGUGAACCACUAUAAAUCUGUGUGUGCUAUUUAUUCUUCGCUUACAUCACGGCGUAAGUAGGUUCUGUCUAAGGAGGUUGGUAUUUAAGUGGUCCAGCUGUGACCCUCCAAUCUUUCCUGGGAACCUGCUUACAAAGGUCGGAUUUGGGAUUUAAAUCCUAACAGCAUUCAUCUCUCUUUUAUUAUUAUGUCACUCAUCAUCGGAUAAAGAAGAAAGUAUAGUGAAUUAUGCUGGAAUUGUGAUAUGUGUUAAUGAAAGACGCAUUUGAGAUAGUGAACAUAAUUUACUGCUGUUAUUGAUAUUAUGCAUGGCAUUCAUAUUCAUCUCAUGUGCUACAUUAAUAUGGCUUCUGAUUGGCAUUGAUGAUGAUGACUAAGAACGAUGGUAUCCGAUUGUGAAAGAGAGAUGGAAUCCGUAGUUGGUCUUGAUUUUUACUUAUCAUUUAUGUUAUCAUUUUUCUUCAUGGAGAUUCCAAAUAAUGCUGGUCUCUUUCCUUAUAGAAAAAUAGUAGAAAAUUGAAAGAUGAAUCAUUAUGGCGUGAAAUUCAAAUGAAUGAAUUUGUAGUGAAAAAAGUACAAUGGAUAUUAUUACGUAUUCAUCAUUAAAUGAUUGUAAUUUCUAGUCCCAUUAUCUUGAUUUUUCCCCUAUAUAUCAUACACCUGUGAUGUAGCAUUCAAACGUUUAUAAUAUUAUUACUCAAUACUUUGUUCUCCCAUUCUUUUCCCAUAUAUCUUUGAAAGGACGUAUAUGUUCCUUCUUUAUAAUUGUAUCCUUGCAUAAUAUCGUGAGAUUUCCUUCUUCUGCAAACUCUUCUUCAUCGUCAACUUCUCUCUAAACUUGUGAUUUUUAAAGCUAAAUUUACGAAAAGUAUUGAAGAAGAUAAAAUGUCAAUAAAUAUCAACCUCAUUAGUUAGUGUAUCGAGCACAUUUUUGAACAAUAUUUAUUCAAUAGCUCCAUGAAAAUCUGAAGAAACAAAAAGUAAAAGUUAAAAAAAUUAAAAAGUUUGAUUAAAAAUUUAAAAUAUACAGUGAAUACGUGAUUACAAAGCAAAUUUUUAAAAAAUAAUAACAAUUUUAAAAAUAAAGGUGAGAAAAGAAUAUCUAACCUUGUAGACUCCUUGCAUAAGGAUCAAUUAUAAACCUCAAGAGCACUUUAGUGAUUUGGAUUCCUUGAUCUAUACUCAUUAAAAAACUUUCGUACACUAUCUGCAAAUAAUAAAUUCAAAAUGACAUUCAAACUUGAACUCAAUUGAAAUAUAUAUACAACAACAACAACAAUAACAACAUACCCCGUGAAAUCCCACAAUGUGGGGUCUGGAGAGGGUAAAGUGUAUGCAAACCUUACCAAUUACACUUCGAAAAUUCCGUAUGUGUUGCCUUGCGGAUAGGCUAAGGUGAGCAUAAGGUGACUAUGAAAUCCCUAUGAGGUUAAGCAAAGGAUUAGAUAGCUUGAGGUGCAUACAAUAAGAUUUAGAAAUUCUAUGACUAUGUGAAUUUUAGUUUGUUGAAGGAAGCGAAAUGUAAGUCGUGUUCGGAAAGGUUCCGCUAUGAUUGGGCUAACUGUAAGAUCCAUGAUGGGCAUGUCUGAGGAAGAACUUUACAAUAUCCCAACUGCUGAGUAUGUUUUUCGGCCUGGUGGAUUUUUAAAUAGGGAAUUCACAGUUUAUCAUGUUGCGUUUCAUGCCUGUGCGGACCUAAAAAGUGUGGAGUCAAUCGAUGCACUCCUUGAGAUGCUUAGCAAGGAUGGUAAAACACCUGAUGUGUUCAUUUUGAUGCAAACCAUGAGGUGUUACCUUCAUUCUGGAGAUCUACAACGUGGUCGGAAAUUUUUUGAUGACUACAUGAGUUCGGGAAAACCACCUAUGAUUGAAUUAUAUGUGACACUUGUUGAGGGAGCAAUGGUCGGUUACACUCCUGAAGGGCUGCACUUGCUGAAUAGACACUGGAACUUCUUCCUGAGUCCCAAGAUGGGAAGUGAUCUCCUUCUUGUUGCUGCGGGUGAAAAGAGUGGUGGAUAUACUACUGCCAAUCUGAUAUGGGACAUGAUGCAAGCUCGUAAAAUUACACCAACAUUUCCUGCUGUUCAAGCAUAUCAUGAUGGCUUGAAGAUGAGUUUUCUUUGCUUGCUGACAGAUCCAUUGGUUCUUCCAUAGCGCUAGGGAAGGGCACUAUUGGAUACUGCCAAGGUUUAAAGAUUGAAAGCAGCUCUUAGUUGCUAUAGACAAAGUUCUUGGCUGCUCCUGCAAUUGACAACCAAAUUUCCAAAGUAUCUCAUCCAACCAAGUCUACCUGAUAACCAAUACGGAUCCAUCCCCAAGUAUAUUCAUGUCUUAUGGUUUGUCUGGAUCAGCAGUAAACUGCAUUUACUUGUAUUCUUGCAAUUUGAUUUUGUCGAAAUGUUGAUAUAGAAUGGUGCAAAACUUGUAGCUCUGGUCCACCAUUUGUGGUUAUUCAGGAAUAACUUCUCCAGACAAGGUUGGUAGAUGUAUGUUUUGAUAGAUUUCUGUGCAUCUCAGGUUCAGGAGAUACCAGCUGAUGAUCCAAGACUGCAACUAGUUUCUCAGACCUACAAUAACAUGAGACAGAGGUUUGGCGGGGGAGCUGGACGGCCAUAGACAGAAGAUUGAGGCCAUGCAGCAGCUACAUAGCCCUGAACCAUUGGGUUCUUUUGUACCCUAGAAUGUCUGCAUUUUCCUGCUAUAGCACGAAUAAUGAUCAUGUUCUUCAAAGUUGAGGGGCAAAUUUAGAUCAUUUUGCGUAGUUCAUAGACAAAUCUAACUAUUUCUCAUUAUAAAAAAGGUCCACAUGUUAAAAGCUUCUGUAUACUAAUCUAUUAAUUAGGGGCAAAUUUAAUCUAUUUAAGGGUAGAUCAUCUGAUCUCAGUUAUUAUCAUCUGAUCUCAGUUAUUAAUGGAUGACAAAGUUGCAACAUUUCACAAAGUUUAGUGAAAAUGUUGGACCCUUGCCCUUUUUAAUGAUUAAUUGGUGUAACUAUAAAACCAUUUAGUGGUUGAUUGAU